AUGCAGAGGACACUGCUGACAGAGAUGGCCAUAAAAUUUUGUUGCUUUUCUCAGGAACCUGUUGAUGAUGUGGACUCCUGGGGCGAGUCCAUCGAGAAGCUUCUGUCCUGUAAAGCGGGACAGAUGGCUUUCCAGGACUUCUUGAAGUCGGAAUACAGUGAGGAAAAUAUUCUGUUCUGGCUGGCAUGUGAGGAAUACAAAAAGAUCACGAGUGCACCAGAGAUGAUCAGCAUGGCAAACCAAAUCUACACUGAGUUUGUGCAAACGGAAGCACCCAGACAGGUCAACAUUGAUUCUGGGACUCGCACAAAUAUUACAAACAACAUCUCAGAGCCGACCCUGAACUCAUUUGAUACUGCACAGAAGAUGAUCUUCAGUCUAAUGGCGAGAGACUGCUAUCCCAGGUUUCUGAAGUCUGACAUCUACCAGUCCAUUCUGCAAAAGCAUGGAAAAAGCUGACUUCAUAAUGACUAAUGGUACAUAGAGUUUAACUAUUGCCAGAAACUUUUUUUUUUUUUUUAAUGGUUUUACAUUUGGUAAGCAAGACCUUUUUAGAUUUGGACUGCUCUGAAAUAGCUCUAUUUCCAUCAUUAUGUUGUUUUUUUGAAGGAAAAACAUGUUUACAGUGCCACAUUAUUCUGAUUUUCAUGCACUGUUGCCUUUUGUUUUAUUUUUCCUCUUCACAGAAAAUCAAACCAUUUAGCUAUGUCUUA